AUGGCCGAUCAAGAGCAGUACGCCGACGAGACUUCCCCUCUUCUCGGUAACGGCGAUGGCCAGCCAUCCUGUCGCACAGAAUAUGUCGAAUGGCUCUUGGAAAUGUGGUUUCUGGCAAGGGCAUCGGUACCAGUCAUCCUCGCCUACAUGCUGCAAAACAGCCUGCAGACCGUGUCGGUACUGGUCGUGGGUCGCCUAUCGUCCGAGGCCCUAGCUGUCGCCGCCUUCUCGUACAUGUUUGCUAUGGCGACGGCGUGGCUCAUCGCCCUCGGCGGAACCAGUGCCCUCGACACGCUCGCAUCGAGCAGCUACACAGCAUCUAAAAACAAGAGCAGUCUUGGCAUCAUCCUGCAGCGCGGCAUCAUUGUUCUGACAGCAUUCUACGCCGUCGUAGUCGUCAUCUGGGCAUUCUCGGAGAACCUGUUCCGCGCUCUAGGUCAGCCCGAGUCGAUUUGCGUCCAGAGCUCAAAGUUCCUCCAGCUUCUGUCGCCGGGCGGUCUCGGGUAUGUCUGGUUCGAGUGCAUGAAGAAGUUUCUCCAGGCCCAGGGCAUAUACCGACCGGGGACGUACGCCCUCAUGAUCACAUCGCCUCUGAACGCCGUUCUCAACUACCUCUUCAUCUAUACCUUCGGAUUUGGCCUCUAUGGUGCUCCAAUUGCCACGGGUAUCUCAUACUGGCUGUCGUUCUUGCUCUUGGUAGCGUACACUGCCUUCAUCAAGGGCAAGGAGUGCUGGGGAGGUCUCGAUGUCCGACGCGCCCUCACCAACACUGGGCCCUUUGCCAAGCUUGCUCUUCUGGGAGUUGUCCACGUCGGCACCGAGUGGUGGGCCUUCGAGAUCGUCGCUCUUGCUGCCGGUCGUCUCGGUACAUUGCCGCUAGCUGCACAGUCGGUUGUCAUGACGGCCGACCAAAUCAUCAACACCAUACCCUUUGGGCUUGGCGUAGCUGAGUCUGCCAGACUCGGAAACCUGUUGGGUGCCAAGGACUCGGCUGGUGCGAGGCGGUCUGCUCACUGUGCGGCCGUGCUCUCCGUCAUCUUCGGAACGGUCAUCCUCACCAUUCUGCUCGCCACGAGGAACGUCAUCGGCGGUCUCUUCAACAGCGACAAGCGUGUCAUUGCCCUCGUAGCAGACAUCAUCCCUUACGUCGCCCUCUUCCAGAUCGCCGACGGACUCAACGGUAGCUGCGGCGGUGCCCUGAGAGGUAUGGGCCGCCAGUGGGUGGGCGCCUUGGUGAACUGUAUAAGCUAUUACGGAGGUGCACUUCCCGGAGGCAUCUACCUCGCCUUUCACGGAUGGGGUCUCGCCGGUCUGUGGAUGGGUCAGUGCGUGGCGCUCUUCCUCGUCGGAAUCUUGGAGUGGGUUAUCGUCGGUGUAAGCAACUGGGAGGGCGAGGUCACCAAGGCGGCGGAGAGGUUGGAUGACGAGGCCGAUGGCGAGCAGACUCCUGCUCUCCUGGGACUACAAGAAUAA